CGUUAUCAGCUAGCAAUAUGGAGUAUAUAGAGGAAAUCAUUUGCAAUAAUUUAGUUCAAGAUGCUGUAUCAUCAGGUAAUACUUCUCUUACCAAUUGUCGUAGUCCAGGCACAUUAUUACUAUGACUAUGGAUACAGGGAGAUUAAUGAGCCGCCACCGUUAUGCUCCGAUUACGAAAUGUUGAUAAUAAAUACGCGACAAUGUGUGCGCCGUUGUAAUAUUGUGUGUCGCGAUGGUGUGUGUUUUGAGGAUGGGCCAUGUCCUUGUGAUAAUCAAUAUACAACGUCAGAAAUAAAUGGUUUAGUAUGUGCCGCCGAAUGUCUACCAGGAUGCAAUAGAGCGGGUGGUUAUUGUGCCUCCACGGAUUUGUGUAUAUGCAAAAAGGGUAGAAAAUACUAUUUUGACCCUUUAUCGCAACGUUGCCGACGAAGGAGACCAAAAUUGCUGGACAUGUGUCAAGGGCGUUGCUAUAAUGGUAAAUGUUCGCCGGAAGGACAAUGCAUUUGCUCGGAGGGUUAUGAACUGGGAUCAACACUUUUACAUGGCCAACAAUGCAUGCCCCAGUGCACACACAAUUGUGGUCCCAGGGCUUAUUGCUUUGCUCCCAACAUGUGCGCCUGUCGUCAUAAGCAUCAGCAUUAUGCAUUUAAUGGCAUUUGCACUGAAGACUAUUGA